AUGUUGAUUGAUCUUCGGAGCACGCGUAGAAUCUGGAAACGGUUCAUGGACCAAGACGACAAAACACCCCUGGCUUCUCUGGCUUUUGCGAUCAACGCGAAACACACCCCCGAGAAAUGCACAGCCAUUUUUUGGAGCUUAUGGAACUUCGUUCAACGCCGGGUUGGCACGAAGGCCUUCAUUCACCAAUUGCUGACGUUCUCGAAAACCCAGGACCUCAGCAACGGGUUUCUGAAAAGGUUGGCCUGGACAUCAGCGGAUCAUCGUACUGCGCUCAUGCUGCAUGAUAUACUCGUCAAGCAGACCGGCAAAGACACAAACUCUUGGGGCCCGGCUUUCUGGGAGAAGUUUGUUACACAGCACAUGACAAGAUCCAAAUACAGUCUCAUCAACCCCGCCGUCCUUGUCGAGAAACUGCUGAGCUCGACUGUACCAGUGGAGGCAGACUGCCAGGAGGCCGACAAGCAGGCGCAGGAUCCGGACGAAGUUGUAGAACGGAAGCACCGCCAGCGUAUGAGGAUCAAAGAGAGCAUCAAAAUCGUCGCUACUGCUCCUUCCCUGACACAAAGACAAAAAUUCCGCCACACGGCAGCCUUCACGAAAUACUUGGCCAACGUUCAAGGAUUCCUCACAGCUCGAGAUUUGGCAAGCCUAACAGGAAUAAUUACAGAGGUCUUAAAGCGAGGCGAGGGCGGCAGUACACAGAGAAUGCGGUGGUAUUUGGGAAUCAUUCUCAAGCAGCUGGGUGAGGAAGCAUGCGUUAGGGUCGGGAUGAUGUUGAAACGCCGCCGCGAAUGGAACGGACGACAGCUGGCCGCUGGGGUCAAGCACCCUGAAGGACCAGAAGUAACUCGACACAUUAUAUCAAGCUUUCAUCGACAGUCCUACGAAGGGCCACAUCAAGGCAGAACCUGGCCCUUGUGGAGGUAUCAUCUCCCCAAGAACCGGCAGAGGGACGAGUUGCGCAGGGUCGGAAAGAAGGAAGCAAAGGCUCGACGUAGGGUGCGGAAUAGCAAGGCCGCGGUUCAGCCUUCUCUCAACGGCGAUGCUUUUGACAUGCUCUGUGAAGAGUCACACCGACCGGAGUAUCAUCCUGCGGCCAAUUUCUAG